AUGGGAAAUACACAAUCGAAUGCGCCCAUAGAAUCUAAUGAGAGUGAUACCAAAAUAUUCUCGGAAACACCUAAAGAUAAUCCGAUAAUCCCUGUUGCCGGAGGUCGUCCGAUUAAAAAUCCAUUUCAUGAUUUCGGUUCAAAUUCACCGUUUGUCGGUUCACCAUUGCUUUCUCACGAAGAAUACAGAAAAACAGGAGGAUUCGAAGACAUGUAUGAAUACAUUCAAAGCGACGAUUUGGCCUCAAGUUACGAUACCCUGGCAGAUGAUGGAGGCCCUUCUGAAACUCGACCGUCAUCAUCAAUAAUAGCUGAACCGCCAUAUAGAAAUUCUAACAAAAUUGUAUACGAUUCUAGUCUAAGUGGACGCCUGACCCCAUUAACAAGCGCCAACAAACAAGGGACGCAUAAGCUAAAGUUUAUCGUAGAUGAUGAAUGGAAAUGUUCCAGUGACCUUUCAACGGCCACAGAUCCGGAUGGUAAUUUGAUAAACUACUUGGAAGUUCAUGAGGACGAUUAUGAAACCAUUAAUCGUGAAGGAUUGGAUUCUAAUGGUUUCUUGCCAAGUACUCCACCGGGUGAUUACACGGACGAGGUUCCCAGUUACAUAUUGGACUAUGCCAAAUCCCUUGAUGCUGAGGGGGACGCUAGCGCUAUGAGUAAUUCUGACACGGAAGAUCAGAAUGAACCUUCUGAACGUGUAACGAAGGAUCAACCACCAACCCUACCUCCGCACUUAGAAAGGGUUUUGCUUAAUAGCCCUGUGAUUUCUAAGGAUGAUAAUAGUGUCCUUCCCGAGCCCAAUCACGUAGUCUUAAAUCACUUGUACGCCUGUUCGAUAAGGGAUGGUGUCAUGGCUGUUGCCGGCACCACUAGGUACAGAAAAAAGGUUAGUUACAUGAUUUCUCAUAUCUGA